AUGGCAAACCCUAAGUUUGUGCUGGUGUGUGUAAUGGCAAUGGCUAUGAUUUAUGUAGUGGCUGGGUGGGAACCUGCGCGCGCAACAUUUUAUGGUGGCCCUAAUGGUGAAGAGACUCUGCAGGGAGCUUGCGGAUACGGAGACACAAUCAAGCAAGGUUACGGCCUCCAAACAGCAGCACUCAGCACAGCCCUCUUCAACCACGGCGCCGCCUGCGGCGCUUGUUUUGAGAUUUACUGUGUGAACGACCCCCAGUGGUGCAAAACACCCGCCGUCUCAAUCAAAAUCACCGCCACCAACUUCUGCCCGCCAAACUACACAAAAACAGUAGACGUAUGGUGCAACCCUCCCCAGAAGCACUUCGACCUCACCUUACCGAUGUUCCUCCAAAUCGCCUACUACAAGGCCGGAGUCGUCCCGGUCUCUUACCAGAGAAUCCCCUGCGUUAAGCAGGGGGGAAUGAGGUUUUAUAUGAGUCCGAGUGGGAAUCCGUAUUUUAUCCUCGUGCUGAUUUAUAACGUGGGAGGGGUUGGCGACGUCGUUGCCGUGAGGGUGAAGGGAUCGAGGACGGGUUGGAUUCCCAUGCAGAGGAACUGGGGACAGAAUUGGUUUACGUCGACGCAGCUGAAGGGGGAGGCGCUGUCGUUUCAGGUGACCACCAGCGACGGGAGGACGGUGGACUCGGAUAAUGUCGUUCCGGCAAAUUGGAAUUUUGGACAGACUUUUGAAGGGAAGAAUUUUUAAACAUGCAUGGGGUAGUGUA